AUGGAACCCCGGUCUAUCCUGGAGCUGGAGGCCGGAGCAGAGUGCAGCAGAGACGGACACGGGAGGAUGACGGGAGUCGGUGUGUCGCGACUUUUCUGCGUACUGCUUCUGGCGGUGUGUGCUGACUGCGACCGUGCCCGGGACUCUGUGAAACCAGACAAGCUGCUGGUGAUCACCGUGGCCACCGAUGAAAAUGAAGGAUAUCACCGAUUCCUGAGGACUGCCCGGCACUUCAACUACACCGUGCGGACGCUGGGCCUGGGUCAGGAGUGGAAAGGAGGAGACGUGGCCCGUACUGUGGGAGGAGGACAGAAGGUACGAUGGCUGAAGGAGGAGCUGGAGAAACUACACGAGCAGGAAGACCUGAUUGUCAUGUUCGUAGACAGCUAUGACGUCGUCCUGGCCGGGAGCCCCAUCGAGCUGCUCUGGAAGUUCCACCAGCUUGAACACAAGGUGGUCUUCUCCGCCGAGGGCUUCUGCUGGCCCGACUGGUCCCUGGCGGAGAAAUACCCGGCUGUCAGCAACGGGAAACGCUUCCUGAACUCUGGAGGGUUCAUGGGCUAUGCUCCUCAGCUCUACAGGAUAGUCCAGCUGUGGAAAUUUAAAGACCACGACGACGACCAGUUAUUCUACACCAAGGUCUACCUGGAUGAGGAACUGCGGGAAAAGUUUGACAUCACUCUGGACCACAAGUCUAAAAUCUUCCAGAAUCUGAACGGAGCCAUCGACGAGGUCAUUAUGAAGUUCGAUAGCAACAAGGUGCGGGCCCGAAAUAUGGCGUUCGAUACCAUUCCCGUCGUCAUCCACGGAAACGGUCCCACCAAGCUGCAGCUAAAUUAUUUGUCCAACUAUGUGCCCAACGCCUGGACGCACGAAGGCGGCUGUGAGAUCUGUGAUGAGGACCUGCUGGACAUCUCUGAGGUUGAGGACGAUGAUUUGCCCCACGCGCUUCUGGGAAUUUUCAUUGAGCAGCCAACCCCGUUCCUGCCACAGUUCCUGGAGAGGCUGGCCGCGCUGAACUACCCGCGACACCGGCUGUCACUCUACAUACAUAACAACGAAGUUUACCACGAGAAACACAUCCAGACUUUCUGGGAGAACCACAAAGACGAAUUCCUGAACGUGAAGAUCGUGGGUCCGGAGGAGGAGCUGAGCCAGGGCGAGGCGCGAGAUAUGGGCAUGGACCUCUGCCGCCAGGACGUGACCUGUGACUACUACUUCAGUGUGGACGCAGAUGUGGUUCUGACCAAUCCCGACACUCUGUACAUGCUGAUCCAGGAGAACCGCAAGGUGAUUGCGCCAAUGGUGUCUCGGAGCGGAAAACUGUGGUCCAACUUCUGGGGGGCUCUGAGUCCCGAGGGGUACUACGCCCGGUCCGAGGACUACGUAGACAUCGUUCAGGGGAAAAGAAUCGGCGUGUGGAACGUCCCCUAUAUCGCCCACACCUAUCUCAUCAAGGGGGAGACUCUGCGUAAAGAGCUGGCGCAGAGAAGUGUCUUCACUUUGGCAGGAUUGGACCCCGAUAUGUCUUUCUGUAAGAGUGUCAGGGAUAAGAGCGUCUUUCUUCAUAUUAGCAAUAGGGAUGAAUUUGGGCGUUUGCUGUCCACCUCGAAGUAUAACACGUCCCACCUGCACAACGACUUGUGGCAGAUCUUCGAGAACCCCGUGGACUGGCGGGAGAAGUACAUCCAUGAGAAUUACUCCAAGAUCUUUGAAGAGGAUUACUUUGAGCAGCCGUGCCCGGACGUGUACUGGUUCCCCGUCUUUACAGAGGUGAUGUGUGAUGAGUUCGUGGAGCAGAUGGAGCACUUUAACCAAUGGUCGGGCGGAAAGAACGAGGAUAAGAGGCUGACCGGGGGCUACGAGAAUGUGCCCACGGUGGACAUCCAUAUGACUCAGGUGGGGUACCAGGACGAGUGGCUGAAGUUCCUGCAGGACUACAUCGCCCCCGUCACAGAGAAACUCUUCCCCGGAUAUUACACCAAGGCGAAAGCUUUUCUGAAUUUCAUCGUGCGCUAUCGACCAGAUGAGCAACCUUCGCUCCGCCCCCAUCACGACUCUUCCACAUUUACCAUCAACGUCGCUCUGAACCGGAAGGGCAUUGACUAUGAGGGCGGUGGCUGCCGGUUUAUACGCUACAACUGCCUCGUGGAAUCUCCCAGGAAAGGAUGGUCCUUUAUCCACCCCGGCCGACUAACCCAUUACCACGAGGGUCUUCCCACCACCAAAGGGACCCGCUACAUUAUGGUGUCGUUCGUAGACCCUUGACCCCGAAGACUUUUCCUCCCCCCCAAAAAAAACCCAGCAAGACAGAGACUCUAAUCCUGACAUGGUGGCUAGAUUGCGCUAUCAUAGUCGGGUGUACCCGUUACUCUCCGAUGGCUAGCCAUGACUGUGGG